UCGUAUGACGUUAGAGAACUGUUCAUGUUAACCAGUUUCUCUUCUUGCAACUCAUAAAGACGYAGGAAGCGUUUKUUCUGCUCAUUAUGUGUCUGGAUCUUGGGUAGUGCUUCAAUCAUCGUACGGUUAUACAAGCACUUCAAACGAACGGCGCAUUCGUAAAAGUUGAGUCCCGGUCUUUUGUCAGCAAUUAAGUAAUUGCGCAAAUUAACUUGUUUGUAUUAUUGUUCUGUUUUCAAACGAUUUUAUACAACACUUAAAGUUACGUUGAGCUAUGCACUGCUUCUUAACAAAGGAACAAAGGGAGAGCUAUUUGCGAGAAGUUUACUAUUCCUCUUUUAAUGAUAAACGGUGCAGUAUCGCUCCAAAUGACGACACGAAGAACCUUGGCAAACUUUUGCAAAAACUUCACAACCUGGUCAAGAAUGAAAAMGAGMUGUCUCCAGACGCAGAUAAACUGUUGCGAGACAUUAUYAAAAUUCGYAUGAAAGGCAAACCAAGUUUCUACGAAGCAAAKUUAUUUACAGACUAUAAACGGUUUCUUUUAAUCCGUGCUCAACGAAAUGAGAAUAUGCGAAUGUCACGUGAACAGCAAUGUUUUCAAUUCUUUUUGGAAGAUAUGAGUGUUGGUCCACCCUCCCUCCACGGGGAUGAUAGGUACUGGGGAUCAAGACAACAGCUACGAUGUGGGGAAAUUAUUGGUGAUACUCUUGGAGGAAUAGAUGCUGUCUUUGGCGCACUUCUCUUUCCCCGAGGUGGUAAACUAGACAGUAAGCAAGCAAUGCGAACAAGACGAUUCUCUCCAAUWAACCACAAAAAAGAUGACAAUGAACACGAGAUGAUCAUGUACCAUACCGCUGUCCACGAUGCAUGCGGCUAUUUAUUUGAAUUCCAUGGGCUGGGGCCUGGGUACAACUAUCUCGGAACGCCCUUCACUGUAUUUCCUACCUUUGUGCCCCAAAGUGGACGACUUGCUGCACUUAUGUUUUGGAAAAAGCUUAUCAAUGAACCCAAAUUCCCAGACGAGUACUAAUAAUCGAUAUAGCGUGACGUCACGCAUACCCGGAUGACAGGUUCUAACUCACUGGAAAUGCCUAAUUCAUAUUGUAAACGUGCAUACUUAUAC